AUGAACGUUCCAAUCAAUGACUGUGUGGAGGUGAAUGCAGCUCAAAUUGACGUAGGGGUUGUGGAGGCAGCUCAAAUUGCACAUCUCAUAUCCAUGGAUGUAAUCGACGAGCAGUUAAUAUUUUCCAAACUUACGAGGAAGAGAGAAGCUACGUUGGAGUUCCGUCGAAAGAGUUACAAAUACAUGUUUGUGAAUGAGAAUGACAUGAGGGAGGUCUGUCAAAAGAUUGAUCUGUGGAAGGAUUUACAAACGCUUGUUUGUGGAUUGGGAGGAAUGCAUAAGAAGGUGUUUGGACAAACGCUUCGAAAUGAGCAAAAGAAAACGCAAGGAAAUCUUAAGGAACAGUCGGAUUCCAGCUUAUGUGUUCUUCCCCUCCGUAGGAAGUAA